GGUUCUCCAAACAUCCAGUGUACGCACUCUCCGCCAGUGCUCAAUUCAUGAUUCAGUGUUGCUCGAGUCGCGCUGGAGUAUUGACGCGUCGUGAUAUUAUUGUAUCGAAGCUCGGUGUCGGUCCGUGUUUCGAACGGUAAAGUGCUGAAUAGAAGUGAAGAAUCACGGUGUGCAUGUGUGUGGUUAUGUGGCGGCGAGUGAUAUGACAGCGUGCGCCGCCAGACGGACUCCGGCCGUCUUCAUGAGGAUACUGGUGACAAGCCUGGCCCCGAGAUCAUGGUGGCUCCCGAUUCCGAGGCUCCUUCGAAUCCUCGGAUAGCGACUGCCGCGAGCGAGACUCCCUCCGCCGCCGAGGCGCGCCACAGCGGCGACCUUUACAUUCGCACCAGCUGGGUGGACGCAGCUCUAGCGCUCUCCGAACUUGAAAAGGGUAACAUCGAAGGCGGGCGGUCGUCGCUGUGGAUCCGCGCGUGGCUGCAGGAGCAGCUGUUCAUCCUCGGCUGCUUCCUCCAGGGGGACGCGGGGAAGGUGCUCUUCGUCGCCAUCCUCGUGCUCUCCACCUUCUGCGUCGGACUCAAGUCUGCGCAGAUACACUCUCGCGUCGAUCAACUUUGGGUGCAAGAGGGCGGUAGACUAGAAGAAGAACUGAAGUACACAGCGGAGGUGCUAGGGGAAGUAGAAUCUUCUACUCAUCAGCUGAUCAUCCAGACUGCUAAGGACCCGGACGUCUCCUUGUUACAUGCCGGCGCUUUACUAGAGCACCUCAAGGUGGUGCAUGCAGCAACUCGCGUGUCAGUUCGUAUGUUUGACAACGAAUGGCACCUCAAACAGUUGUGCUACAGCCCAAGCAUACCCGACUUCGAAGCAUACCACAUAGAGAAGAUAUUCGACGGAAUCAUACCGUGCGCCAUCAUCACACCCCUCGACUGCUUCUGGGAAGGAUCCAAGUUAUUAGGGCCGGAUCAACAGAUAUUUGCACCUUCUGGUCUCCAACACAAGCUAAGAUGGACUCAUCUAAACCCUCUCGAAGUGCUGGAAUUAGUACGGAACAUGAAAGUCCAGUUCCCUCUGAGUACGAUGGAGGCCUAUAUGAAGCGAGCAGGCAUCACCUCCGCUUACAUGAAGAAGCCCUGUCUCGACCCCACCGACCCUCAGUGCCCAGACUCAGCACCCAACAAGAAAACAGGACAAAUUCCAGAUGUAGCGGCGGAGCUAUCGCACGGUUGCUACGGGUUCGCAGCAGCAUACAUGCACUGGCCGGAACAGCUGAUCGUCGGAGGAGCCACGCGCAACUCCACGUCGGCCCUGCGCAGUGCGCGCGCGCUGCAAACGGUCGUGCAACUGAUGGGCGAGCGAGAGAUGUACGAGUACUGGGCAGAUGAUUAUCGUGUGCACCACGUGGGGUGGAACCAGGAGAAGGCGGCGGCGAUCCUCGAUGCCUGGCAGAGGAAAUUCGCUGCUGAGGUCCGUAAAAUGACGCAGUCUGAGGCAGUGUCUUCGUCCUACAGCUUCUAUCCGUUUUCCACGUCAACCCUCAACGAUAUUCUAGGAAAAUUCUCCGAGUUGUCACUCAAGAAUAUUAUUUUAGGCUAUAUGUUUAUGUUAAUUUACGUAGCAGUAACUCUGAUGCAAUGGCGAGACCCUGUGCGGUCACAAGCGGGCGUUGGUAUCGCCGGAGUGCUACUCCUGUCUAUAUCAGUCGCUGCUGGAUUAGGCUUUUGUGCUUUAUUAGGUAUUCCAUUCAACGCAUCGAGCACACAAAUCGUGCCGUUUCUAGCACUAGGUCUCGGAGUCCAAGACAUGUUCCUUCUCACUCACACGUAUGUGGAACAAUCGGGAGACGUGCCGAGGGAGGAACGAACCGGCUUAGUGCUCAAGAAGAGUGGCCUCAGUGUCCUUCUGGCUUCUCUAUGCAAUGUCAUGGCGUUCUUGGCAGCUGCGCUUCUGCCCAUUCCUGCUCUACGAGUUUUCUCUCUUCAGGCUGCAAUUCUCCUUCUCUUCAACUUAGGCUCAAUGCUAUUAGUUUUCCCUGCUAUGAUAUCUUUGGACCUUCGACGAAGAUCAGCUGCCAGAGCUGAUCUGCUAUGUUGUCUUAUGCCUGAAAAUCCAUUGCCAACCAGAGUUAAAAAAGUCAACGAAAGAAAUAGGACCCGAGGUGGAAAAAAUGAUAAGAACGCUUGGAAGGACACAUCGAGACAACCUCUAGAUCCUGAUGUGGCUCAUGACGAAGCCAACAAGACGUGCUGCCUCAGCCUGUCGCUUACGAAAUGGGCCAGAAACCAUUACGCACCUUUUAUCAUGCGUCCUUCUGUGAAGGUUACAUCAAUGCUGGCGUUAAUUGCUGUCAUAAUAGCAAGCAUCUGGGGAGCAACGAAAGUCAAAGAUGGCCUAGACUUAACAGACAUUGUUCCAGAAAACACUGACGAAUACGAAUUCCUGUACCGCCAGGAAAAGUACUUUGGCUUCUACAGCAUGUACGCCGUCACUCAAGGAGACUUUGAAUAUCCUACCAAUCAAAAACUACUUUACGAGUAUCACGACCAAUUCGUUAGAAUACCUAAUAUAAUAAAGAACGACAAUGGAGGACUCACCAAAUUCUGGCUCAGCCUUUUCCGUGAUUGGUUAUUAGACCUGCAAGCUGCCUUUGACAAGGAAGUAGCGAGUGGCUGCAUCACCCAGGAAUACUGGUGCAAGAACGCAAGCGAUGAGGCAAUACUCGGUUACAAACUCAUGGUGCAGACAGGACAUGUGGACAAUCCCAUCGACAAAUCUCUUGUUUCUUCUGACACCAAGAACGGUCAUAGAUUAGUUGAUAAAGAUGGCAUCAUAAACCCGAAAGCAUUUUACAAUUACUUAUCAGCGUGGGCAACUAACGAUCCUCUAGCUUACGGGGCGUCACAAGGAAACUUGAAACCGCAACCGAAGAGAUGGACACAUUUGCCCACAGACGUAGAUCUGAAAAUUCCUAAAUCAUCUCCACUGAUAUAUACUCAACUUCCGUUCUAUCUGGCUGGUCUAAGCGACACGGAGAGUAUCAAGAAUCUCAUAAUGCAAGUUCGGGAUUUAUGUAUAAAGUUCGAAGCGAAGGGAUUGUCUAAUUUCCCGUCUGGUAUUCCUUUCCUAUUCUGGGAGCAGUACCUUUAUUUGAGGACAUCGCUGCUCCUGGCUCUGGCUUGCGCUUUGGCUGCUGUGUUUGUGGCUGUGAUGGUACUCCUAUUGAACGUCUGGGCCGCUGUGCUGGUGACGUUAGCUCUGGCGACAUUAGUCUUGCAACUGCUCGGAAUGAUGGCGGUAUUAGGCGUGAAGUUAUCAGCAGUACCCGCAGUGUUACUCGUUCUGGCCAUUGGACGAGGCGUUCAUUUCACUGUGCAUUUAUCUUUGGGCUUCGUAACUUCAAUCGGCUGCAAGCGUCGUCGAGCCAGUCUCGCGCUAGAGUCCGUCCUGGCUCCCGUCCUUCACGGCGCGCUCGCUGCGGCUUUGGCAGCGUCCAUGUUAGCUGCUAGCGAGUUUGGCUUCGUCGCCCGCCUGUUCCUCAGACUACUGCUUGCAUUGGUCCUGUUGGGCUUGAUCGAUGGUCUACUGUUCUUCCCUAUUGUCUUAGCGAUACUUGGACCCGCUGCUGAGGUUCGACCACUAGAGCAUCCAGAGCGGCUAUCGACUCCGUCACCGAAGUCUUCUCCAGUCCAUCCGCGGAAAUCGAGCUCUACCUCUGGCAGCAGUGACAAGUCCAGCCGAACCAACAAGCCUCCUCCUCGUUCUUCCGCACCUUCUCUCACCACCAUCACCGAGGAGCCCAGUUGGCACAGUUCAGCGCCGUCCGUACAAUCGUCUAUGCAGUCCAUUGUGGUGCAACCAGAAGUGGUUGUAGAAACCACGACGUAUAAUGGAAGUGAUUCCGCGUCUGGGCGAUCGACCCCGACGUCGAAAUCUCAGCAUUCCGGCGCUAUUACCACUAAGGUAACCGCCACAGCGAACAUAAAGGUAGAGGUAGUGACACCAAGCGACAGGAAAUCGCGCCGAUCCUACUAUUAUUACGACCGCCGCAGAGACCGCGAUGACGACCGCGAGAGAGAUCGCGAGCGGGACCGGGACCGGGACCGCGAUAGGGACCGUGAUCGAGACCGCGAUCGAGACCGAGAACGCGAUCGAGACCGGGACCGGGACCGCGACAGGGACAGAGACCGGUCCCGAGAGAGGGAUCGCAGGGACCGCUACAGAGACGAGAGGGACCACCGCGCCUCUCCCAGAGAGAACGGCCGCGAUUCCGGCCACGAGAGCGACUCCUCCCGCCACUAGCACGUGACAUUCGAACUACAGUGUCGGUUACUACGAACUCAGAGUGUAUGCCCAGUUAUUUGUAUGAAUGUAUAUUUUAUGUUCGAUAUCGAAUGACUUGACAUCUUUACCUAAAGUUAUGAAGUUUCAUAUCGGUAGAAGACGUAAACAUGUUUUAAGGUUCGCAUUAACGCUUAUAAUCAAAGCCUUAAGACAGUAUUACGAGAAUUGUAAUUUAAGGUAACUCUUUCAUUAAAAUAUGGAUAUAGUGGAGGCUACAACCGUUCAGUGCGUAUUGAAAGAUCAUGUUUUUCAGUACUUGGGAGUACUAGUAAUAAUGUUUAAAAAAUAUUUUUUGACAUUCUUUGUAGUAAGAGCCUGUAGAUACAAAGUGUUUUAUUAAUCAUUCCAAUGGCAACACUAGUACUCCGAUUUGUAUCAGUAUAGUCUAAUGAAGAACUCGUUGAUUCUGUAAAGACCAAAUAACAUUUUUAUAAUUUCAUAAUUAUACAAUCUCGUGUGUUCCUAUUUUUAAAGACAUUUCCAUUUGUCUCCAUUUGCUUUUUUGUUACAUUUACACUUCUCUAAAGACUGUGGUCAAAUAUUAAUAUAAUUUAUCAUUAUUAUUUAUUUUAUGUAAUUAUAUUAUUCUGUCACCAGUGAAGUCUGCGUAAAAAUCUCAGAUUUAUUGUACAAAUUAUUAGUUAGGUGUAGCUUAAGUGUAGGCAGCUAUUUAUGAGAUUACUUAGAUAUGUUAUUGUACGUAUAGUGACUGUAUUUUGUGAUCUUUAGGAAAAGGUCAUUGUAAUUUGUGAAGACUGCAUUUAACGAUCAAAACACAGUAUUGUGUGGGCGAUGCUGGGAAAGAACAGCCAGAUGGUCGACUUACAUGAAAGACACAUUUGGACAAUUUAAAAAGUGAUAUUGUAGUGACAGUGUGUAAAACAUUUGACUGCAUUUUCCCAGUGUAGUAUAACAAUGCGGCGUUCAGAGAUCUGAAUUACUGGACACGGACCUCAAUAGGAGAAAUUAACGAUUAGCGUUGUGACAUUUUGUGCAAAGUACUUAUUAGAUUAUAUUAAUUUAUACGUAUAUAACUUAAUGAUACUGUACAUAUAGCGUUACGUUAGGCUGUAGCAUACGUACUGUACUGCGACGCGAGUACUACAUACUUGUAUCGUUUAUUUUUAUACAUUUUUAACUGACGUAUUGUCGAAAAACUAUAAGUUUUAAACUGAAAUAUUCGAAGCGUUUUAUUUUGCUUUUAUUAAAUAACAAUACUAAGGUACAAAAUGAAAAAGAUCAUUAUAUUCUGUAUAGCUAAUUAUAUAGCUAUAGUGUUUUUAUAAGAUCGUACAAAAUGUUAAACUUUUAAUUUGAAAACUAUUUCGUCUUUUUUAGCAUUUUUAUCGCAUUUUACUUGCAACUUUUAAACUUUUUAUUUAUAUCUAUGUAUAUGCCGUAAUAUUUAGCUACGGAACCUCGUGAGAUUUUAUUUUACUAAGAUCUUCUUUAUGAUACCUACACUCAUUGUUAAACAAAGGUUAAAACUGUCGACUGUAUUGUGAAAAUAAAACACAUA